ACGGAGGGAGGGAGGGAGACGGGGCGACGUUUCGGAAGAAACGCUCUAACUAAACUAGCAGCGCAGACGGCAAACAUGGCGCCUACCUCCGCCGACAACUUCAGAUGAAAUUGCGAGGAGACGCCUGCAAAGUUUGACAGGAGUAGAGGAACCGGCGGAGGGAUGCUUUCCUGCUCCUCCUCCUCCGGGCGGAAAGUCCUCGUCGACACGGAAUAAAUAAAAAAAGCGGCGAAGCGGCAAGUUGCCUCCAUGUCAACAUAGUCUCUCCCGUUGCAGCGCAAACAGCUGGUAAGCCCAGCCAUGAUCGAGGACAAGGGUCACCGUGUGACCGACUACUUUGUGGUGGCGGGCCUGACGGACAAGUCCACGCCGCUGGAGCAGGACCUGUCGGAGACCAAGUCCAGCGGGCCCAAAGCGCCCAUCACGGACCUGGCUGUCAUCAACAGGUCAGCCGGUGAAGCCGUCCCUGAGGGCUUCACCUGUAUAGAGACCACCUACAGCGGCCAGCCAGCCAACCUCAACCACGGCAGCCUCAAGAGUCCCGAGCUCUUCCUGUGCUACAAAAGGGGUCGGGGCAGACCUCCGCUCAUCGACAUUGGAGUGCUGUAUGAGGGUAAGGACCGUCUGAUCCAGGGCUGCGAGGUUGUCCAGGCCACUCCAUACGGCCGCUGCGCCAACGUCAACAACAGCUCCGCCAACGCACAGCGCAUCUUCAUCACUUUCCGCCGAGCCGCCCCGGUCCGGCCCCAGAACUCCCUGGCAGUGACGGACAUCUGCGUGAUCAUCACCAGCAAGGGAGAGACGCCGCCGCAUACCUUCUGUAAAGUGGACAGGAACCUCAACUGUGGCAUGUGGGGCUCCAGUGUGUUCCUGUGUUACAAGAAAUCCGUAUCGGCGUCCAAUUCUAUAAGCUACAAAGCAGGCUUAAUCUUUCGCUACCCCGAAGAGGACUACGAGUCUUUUCCUCUGUCGGAGUCGGUUCCUCUCUUCUGUUUGCCCAUGGGGGCCAAGAUCGAAUGCUGGGCGCCGAACACCCGCGACCCCCUGCCGGUCUUCUCCACGUUCGUCCUGACCGUCUCUUCGGGUGAAAAGGUGUACGGAUCAGCCAUCCAGUUCUACGAGCCCUACCCCGUGGAUCUCAUGAGCGAGAAGCAGAAGAUCCAGCUGGGUCUCGUCACCCCCGUGGAGAAGAAGAUGAUCCCCAACCGCUCCGUACACACCAACAAAUGCAUCUGUCUGCUGUCCCGCUGGCCCUUCUUUGAGUCCUUCCGCAAGUUCCUGAUGUUUAUCUACAAGCUCUCGGUCUCAGGCCCUCACCCGCUGCCCGUUGAGAAGCACAUCUCGCACUUCAUGCACAACGUGUCAUUUCCUUCCCCUCAAAGGCCCCGGAUCCUUGUCCAGCUGUCGGCACAUGACACUUUGAUUCUCUCUCAGCCCGUGUGUACGCCUUUACCCCUCAGCGGGGCGGAUUACGGCACCCUGCUGAUGAAUCUGGGCGCUGAAAACUGCGCCACGCUGCUGCACUUUGUGCUCCUGGAGAACAAAAUCCUGCUGCACUCUCUGAGGCCCGCCGUGCUCACCGGGGUGGCGGAGGCAGUGGUGGCCAUGAUUUUCCCCUUCCAGUGGCAGUGUCCCUACAUCCCCCUGUGCCCGCUCUCUCUGGCUGGGGUCCUCAACGCCCCGUGUCCGUUCAUCGUGGGCGUCGACUCCCGCUACUUUGACCUGUACGACCCCCCGCCGGACGUCGUCUGCGUGGACCUGGACACCAACACCAUCUAUCUGUCUGACGAGAAGAAACACAGCAACUGGAAGUACCUCCCCAAGAAGCCCUGCAAGAGUCUGAUCAGCUCGCUGAGCAACUUGCACCACCAGCUGGCCACAGUGGCCGUUCGCCAGGCUCCAAACGAGGACUCCGCUCUGGACCUGACGCCCAUCGACGCGGACUUCACGUGGCACAAGAAGAAGAUGUCCCUGGAGAUGGAGAUCCAGGAAGCCUUCCUGCGCUUCAUGGCCUCCAUCCUGAAGGGCUACCGCUCCUACCUCAAACCCAUCACCCAGGCGCCCUCUGAGAAGGCCACGGCUGCAGACUCCCUUUACGACCUGCAAGGUUUCCUGAAGAGCAGAGACCGCGCCCACCAGAAGUUUUACUCCCAGCUCACAAAGACCCAGAUAUUCAUCCGUUUCAUCGAGGAGUGCACCUUUGUCAGCGACAAGGACACCGGCCUGGCCUUUUUCGAUGACUGUGUGGAGAAGCUUUUUCCCUCUGAUAAAAUCACCGACAAGGGUACCAAGGUUGAAGGAGAUUCAUCGGAGGACGCCAAGCUGCUGGAGCUGGACGAGUCUCAGAAGAGCGAGCACACGGUCUUCGUCAUGCCUCCAGAGCCUCCAGCUGACGGCGGAGCCGAACCCGCUCCCCGAUACACCUAUAAAGGUUUCCCCAGGCUGCAGCUGAACCUGUUUGACCGUCCCAGAGAGUUGCGUCCUGCGCUGAGCACCAGAGCAGCCGGGUCAGGUCUGUCCAGCAGCCCUGCUCUGCUGGCCAAGAGAACCAAGCAGGAGAUCAAGCUCGCCUACAAACUGGCCAAGCGGUUCUCCUCCAACCCGCCGCAGUGGCCGCGCUGCCUGUUGAGCCACUGCUACAGCCUGUGGUUCAUCUGCCUGCCUGCCGGCGUGCGCCUGGCCAAGUCCAAGAGCCGCGCCAUGCAGCAGGCCUACAACGUCCUGCUGAAGAUGAGGGAGGCUGAGGUGGAGAUCCUGGACGAGGUGUGUUACAGGGUAGUGAUGCAGCUCUGCGGCGUGUGGGGUCUUCCCGUCAUGGCGGUACGGGUCCUGGUAGAGAUGAAAAAGGCCGGCGUCCAGCCCAACGCCAUAACAUACGGAUACUACAACAAGGCCGUCUUCGAGGGCCCCUGGUCGAGUCGCAACCGCAGCGGCCUCUUCAUGUGGACCAAGUUGCGCAACGUGAUCCGUGGAGUGGCCCAGUUCAGGAAACUUCAGAAUGACUCCUCGCCCAAGAAGAAGAAACCGCCGACGACGACGACCACAGGUGCACCAGGAGAAGAGUCCACAGCCACAGAUGCUGAUAAUCUGAGUCACGGCAGCGCUCACAGCUCCAGUGAAGUUAACAGCGAGGAGCCCAAUGAGGACGCUGCAGAGGGCUGCAACACAGGAAGACAGUCGGAUCAGGGAUACGGGUCUAAGGAUGAGUUACACCAGGAGCUGGCAGAGCCCUCACCUACAGAAGAGCAUUCACCUGGGCAGAAAAACGCAGAGAAGAAGGAUCGGAGCGGGGGCGACAUUGCAGGCUCAGCGGGCAGCGAGCCCGGCAGUCCUGUCGACCUCCCUUCGCCCGUCCCCAGCAUCGUGAGGCUCUCCACGGGAAGCUUUGACGGCGGCAGGGAGCAGAAAACGGGGAAGCUGUUCCGGAGCCUCAGUAAGACGGACGGCGUGUCGCUGCCCGACCACGACGCCCCGCUGGCGGCCGAGGACGCGGCUCAGCACCAGCGGCAGAAAUCCUUCUCGGAGCGCAGCUGCAGCUUCAGCGUGGAGACGCGCGCCGGCAUGCUGCUGGAGAAAGGCGUGGACCACAUGGCCAGCCGCAUGGGCGCCGACGCCCGCAUCCUCACCGCCGCGCUCUCUGGGGCGCAGAGUCCGCCGCCUUACGGCAAGAACAAGGCCCUCUUCGAAGACCUGGAGGAGGAGCCCGGCGAGGACAAAAAGCUUUUAAAGAAGGAGGCCCAGAGAGAGUGUGAGGAGGCCAAAGGGGAGGAGCAGCAGGCGGAGGUCGCUGAGGUGAAGGGCAAACGUGAGAGGAGGCAAACCGAGUCGCACGAUGAGGAGUCCGGAGUCAAAGGAGCCACGCUGGAGAGGGCCGACGUGGAGGCGGGGGCCGACCCGCUCUCCCUCCUGGUGUCCGCGAAGGAGGAGUGCGCUUCGGUCGGCAGCCAGGAGCCGGCGCGCCCCGUGCCCAGCGUCGUCGUCUCCCGCAACCUGGCCGAGGAAAUCGAGAUGUACAUGAGCCUGAAGAGCCCGCUGGGGUCCAAAUCCUCCAGCAUGGAGCUGCAGCAGGCCCAGGGCGACUCCCCCGACGGCUCGAGGUCUCUUGAGCGCAGGUGCAGCCUCCCCGCGCCUCCCGCCAAGAGCGCGGGCGCCUCGCCGGCCGACACGCCCAAACGCAGCCCAGGCACCGUCACUCGCUCCAAGACGUUCACGGCAAAGCUCCCCGCCCCCAGGUCCUCCUCGCUGACUGCCAUGGUCAAGUCCACGCAGGCGGGGUCGCUGGGAUCCGUCAUCAACACCAUUUCAGGGAUCAAGAUGGACUCCCUGCUGUCCGGGGCCAAGAUCGACGUGCUGAAGUCGGGCAUGAAGCAGGCGGCGAACGUGGGCAGUAAAAUGUGGGGCGCCGUGGCGUCGGCCUUCACUUAUUCCGACGACGAGGAUGAAGAGCCUCCGGGUGCGGCCGGCUUCCCAAGGCGUCUGGACGAGCAUCUGCUGCCGGCGCGUGACCUGGAGGAGAGCCCCGAGAAGAGGAGCGUCGCGGGUCUGGCGGCGAACGGUCUGAACCGCAGCAGCACCAGCCUGGGCAGCAGCAGCGGCAGCAGCAGCGACACGGGCCGCGGCACGCAGCAGACAUGUGCAACUCCGGGGCGUCCGGGCCGGGGUCCUGACUCUGAGCAGAGCUCCUCGCAUCACGCCUCCUCCUCCAGCAUCUUCCAGGCCUGCGCGCUGGAGGUGCUGAUGUCCAGCUGCUCCCAGUGCCGCUCCUGUGAGGCCCUGGUGUACGACGAGGAGGUGAUGGCAGGCUGGACCGCGGACGACUCCAAUCUGAACACGAACUGUCCGUUCUGCCGGACCGCCUUCCUCCCGCUGCUGCACAUAGAGUUUCAUGACCUCCGCACGACGCCCGAUUUUUAUAUGAAUCCGAGUGCCUCGGGGGAAAGCCUCCACAGCAGCAGCACUCAGCCCACUGCGAGCAGCUUGGCUGACAUAAAGACCCCGGACCUGAUCACGUUCUCCCAGGACGAGUCGAAGGAGGAUGCAGACAGUCGUCCUGCAGCUCACAAGAGCCUGAUUCCAGAGCCGGUGCAGUCGGACCCACUGGGUCUCCUGGGGCACCAGGCAGCAGGGUUGCAGGAGAGAUGUGGCGGCACUUCGCUGACGCGCAGCAACAGCGUCGGAGGUCCGCUGCAGAGUCUGGACUACUCUCUGAGACCCGGACACGGCGUCUCCACCACCAGCCUGCCCUGCAGCCUGCAGGAAGUGUCGGACGGGAUCGGCAAGAAACGUCCAAAUCCCAAGCCGGUGUCCGUGCCGUACCUCAGCCCUCUGGUGCUGCGCAAGGAGCUGGAGACGCUGCUGGAGAACGAAGGAGACCAGGUCAUCUACACCCACAAGUUCCUCAGUCAGCAUCCCAUCAUCUUCUGGAACCUGGUGUGGUACUUCCGGCGCCUGGACCUCCCGUCUCACCUGCCCGGCCUCAUCCUCACCUCUGAGCACUGCAACAACGGAGUACAGCUUCCUCUGACGUCGCUGUCUCAGGAUAGUCGGCACGUCUUCGUCCAGCUGCUGUGGGACAACAUCAACCUGCAUCAGGAACCCGAGGAACCGCUUUACCUCCUCUGGAGGAGUUUCAUGGAGAAAAAGGGGACUUUGGCUCCGACGGACCACCAGGAGAUCCGAACGCUCCUCAACAGCAUCGUACGAAGCAUCCAGACGAACGACGUCUACGGUCCCAUCACCCUGCUGCUGCGGGAGAUCAAGCAGCGUCCAGGCGGCGUUAAACGGCAGAGGAGUAUUUAUAGGGAAAUACUGUUUCUUUCACUGGUGUCCUUGGGACGGGAGAACAUUGACGUUGAGGCCUUCGACAGAGAGUACCGGCAGGCCUACGACCACCUGAGCCAGGAGCAGCUGAAGUCUCUGCACCGCAUGGACCGCCCGCCCAGCCCCAGCGUCCACUGGUGUCUGAGGUGCUUCGGCGCGCCCUUCAUCUGAACACGGUUCUGCCUCGUGGCGUUCGUUCUCUCUGCUGGAGAAAGGAGGACGGUGAACUUCUUAAACCUCUUCCCAUUGCUAGACAUGGUACUUUAAAAGCUGCUGGUCGUCUGCUUUCUGACGCAAACGUUUCUGCUUCCUGGGUAAAAAAGAGCUGCGUCUCGUCUCGCGUCAUUGUCCUUUUUUGUUGUUUUUGAACAGAAUGUGUUCUCUGUCCGCUCGGCGGUCACUUCCUUCUCGCCUUGUAGCUUCUCCCAGAUCAGAUAAAGUGGGAUUACAUCCCAGACUGCAGAACCUGACAGUUCUGCACGUGCACUUUCCAAAACGCGGAAUAACACAAAUACUGAGUUUUCACCCACCUGUUUGUACGCAUCUUUCAUUGAAAUGAGAAACCUGAAACCAGAGCUACCCUUUUUUGUUUCGUUUUUUUUUCCUUCCAAGUCUUAAUGAAAUACUCGAGAUGUCUAAGUGUAAAUAUACAAGCUCACGUUGUCUGUUUCAGUGACGGAGGACAAUCAAUAGUUAGCGAUGGCUAAAAUGGGAUUCGUGACAUUCCAGAUUGGCCUGCAGCCGGAGUGCUGACCUCUGCAACAACACCUAAUGCCUAAAAGGCAGGACCGCCACACUACCCAAUUACUACCAUAAACGAGCAACACGCUAACGCAAGGACGCUCGGUUUGCUUUUAACAACGGUCUGUUUUUAACAGCACCCUGCUGCCUUUCAUCUGCCGGCAGGCCUUAUUGUGGUAGAGCUCAUAAGUACUGGAGCUAUUUUUCUUUUCUUUUUUUUUCCUCCUUGCACCAAAUAAAGCCUUCAGAUGUUUUUAAAGUAGAAAACCUAGUGAAUUUCAGAUGUAUUCAUUCUCCCUAGACUCUUUGAUAUGUUGUCACGUUAAAACCACAAGUGGACAAAGUGGUGUCUGAUUGUGUGAAAUGAAAGGAAAACGAUUCAUGUUGUUUUUUUUAUUUUAUUUAAAUGUUGAAAAGUUGAGCAUUUGUAUUCAGCCCUCCUCAGUCGGCGUUUCUCUCUACCAGCUUUGCAUAUUUAGAGGCGGUCAAAUUGGAUGGAGCGCGGCUGUUAAAAGGACAUUUUCGCCUCUUCCCAUUUAUUCAGUUUUAUUUAGGUCCAAUCUAACAUAUGAAUAGAAUAUACUUUGAGCUACACUCCCAGUGUCAAUGUUUCUUGUUUUUUUUUGCAGCUUCCAACAGGAAAUCCAUCCUUGCAGCAUGAUGGUGUGUUCAAGGUGAUGAGAAUUUACUAAUUAGGCAGCUUCUGAGAGAGCAGAUGGGUUUUGUUUAGGUGUUAUUGGAGGAAAAAGGAGGCUGGAUACAAUGGCAUGCCACACUUUUCAGAUUUUUAAUCAUAAUAAAAAUGGAUAACUAUGUGUCGUCUUCCUUCCACUUAACAUAAAUGCACCAGUUGUUCUGUCACAUGAGUAAAAUUAAAUAAUUUUGAAGUUUGUGGUUGUGACGGGACAAAAGUUGGGGAGUUGAAUCCCUUUUUCAAGUCGCUGUAACACACACACACACACACACACACACACACACACACACACACACACACACACACACACACACACACACACACACAGUCAGUGUAAAGUUGGUCCAGUACCCGGUCCCAGAGCUGCAGAAACCAGAACUUGUUGAUUUACUGCUGAUACCCUGCCACAUUCCACUAGAUGCUGGAGCACGGCGUGAAUCGGCGUGACCUGUUGGGAAAUGGGCCUUUUUUUUUUUUUUUUUUUUUUUUUUUUUAGAUCCACGUAGGAAGCGUGACUUGUACAGAUGAAAUAAUGUAAAAAAUAUUCCAUUUGCACUGCUUAGAAUAAAAUCUGGACUUAACCCAGUGUGACUAUAAGAUUAAGCCACAUUCUAGAAAUUCUCGAUUAUUUAUUUUUGUAUUAUUCACAUUUGGUUUGCAGACGGUUUGGUAAUGUAGAGGUUUUUUUUUUUUCUUCUUUUUAUAUAACAGCAACAUGUUCCCUUUAAAUGUGUCUUAAGGGAUUCCAUCCUGUACUGACUUUGUAAAUUAGAUUGUUCAUGGUUGUACAGAGAAGACUUUUUUUUUUUUUUAAUAAUAGAUGAAAGUGAUCUCUUACCAUCCUGUGGAAAAGAAAUGAAUGUCUGUCCUUAAACACGCUGCAAUAAAUGAGUUUGUGAACUGAUUGGAAA